GGAGGGAGAACACGGAUGGAGGAUAGAGGAGGAGAACAGCAGGGAGGAAGAUGGCAGAGUAGGGAUGACAUCAAGCACGGGGCGGCGCAGGCGAAGCUGUCGGACGACGAGAUGCUGCGGGUGGGGUACAAGCACGGCACCCCCUUGGAAAGCGGCAAGAUCUCCGACGCCGAGCCCGUCGACCUGUUCGUCGACGCCCGGCGGAUCUCCGAGGCCACCAAGAACGCACGCCCCGCAGAAGAGGAGCCCAACUCCGGAGGACUAAGCUGUCAAGGAAGCCACCGCACUAGCAAUUAAUGCAAUCACAGUAGCAGUUCUCGCUCUCUCUACCAACGACCACUUGGAUAUCUCAUGUUUUCUUCUCGUCGUCUUCCUGUUCUUCUUCUUCUUCUUUCCAUGCAAGAAUAAGCUGAUCGUGAGUGUAGAAGACACCGUGCUUUAAUUUUCGUGGAAGUUUUAAUGUGAUGUUGGUUCUUCA